AUGGGGCUGUGCGGCAGGGGUUGGGCGUGCGGCCGGGCGCUGCGGCUCCCCGCGGGGCCGGGGCCGCUGUGGGCUCUGGUGCCGGGCAGUGCCCUGCCCCGACCGGAGGGGAAGGCUCGGUACGGCCUCUGGGCGGGCAGACGGGCGGCGGCCCCGCGGGGGGCCCGCGGGCAGCGGAGCUCCAACCCCUUCACCCGCAGGCAGGAGGAGGAAUGGCGGCGGCGGAACCGCUCGACCGUGGCGUACAUCGCCGCCGCCGCCGUGGGCAUGGUGGGCAUGUCCUACGCGGCCGUGCCGCUCUACCGCCUCUACUGCCAGGCCACCGGCAUGGGCGGCACCACCGGCGCAGGCCACAGCUCGGAGCAGAUCGAGAGGAUGGAGCCGGUGCGGGACCGGCUGAUCAAGGUCACGUUCAACGCGGAUGUGCACGCCAGCAUCCAGUGGAACUUUAGGCCCCAGCAGAGUGAGAUCUACGUGGUGCCAGGAGAGACUGCACUGGCAUUUUACAAAGCAAAGAACCCUACUGACAAACCAAUAAUUGGAAUCUCCACCUACAAUGUGAUACCCUUUGAGGCAGGCCAAUACUUCAAUAAAAUCCAGUGUUUCUGUUUUGAGGAGCAGAGGCUCAAUCCUCAGGAGGAGGUGGACAUGCCUGUCUUCUUCUACAUUGAUCCAGAAUUUACAGAGGACCCUAAAAUGGCCAAAGUCAACUUGAUCACCCUCUCCUACACCUUUUUUGAAGCCAAGGAAGGACAGAAGUUACCACUUCCUGGGUACCAGUGAGGGGUGAUCUCUGUGCCAUUUGCUUUCAGCUCCCUGACUACCAUCUGUGAAAGCAUUUUUCAGCAGAAAGCAAGCCUGCAGGAGUGCUGUGCAAUAGGAAAUGGCAUUAAGACACUGUGGUCUCAUGCUGCUGUUAGAACAGAUUUCUAUUUUUUUAAAUAAUAAUAAUAAUAAACUAAACUGCCUAA